AACCUAUUUAUUUUGCACUCGUUUAUCCCUCUCUCCCUCCCUUUCUUCCCGAUUAUCAAUUCCAAUUCACAAACUCAUCAGUUUCAGAAUUCAGAGCUCGGUCGGAUUUGGACAUGGAGACUCGCCUGGCGCCGAUCAUCUUUAUCAUGGCAUCUCUAUUCCUCUUCCUCUUGUCUUUAGAAGCCAAAACCAUGGACCCCUAUAAGGUUCUUGGAGUUGAGCGGAAUGCGAGUCAGCGGGAAAUUCAGAAAGCUUUCCACAAGCUUUCUCUUCAGUAUCACCCAGAUAAGAAUAAGCAAAAAGGUGCUCAGCAGAAGUUUGAAGAAAUCAACAACGCAUAUGAAAUUUUAUCUGAUGAAGAGAAGAGAAAAAACUUUGACAUGUAUGGCGAUGAAAAAGGUAGCCCUGGAUUCGGCUAUGGCCAUCCAGGGGAUCAAGGUGGUGGAUAUACAUUCUUUACAAACGGAGGACAAAGACAGGGCCAGUGGCAGAGUACUGGUGGAGGACAGGGAGCUUCACAGUCUUUCUCAUUUUCCUUUGGCGGGCCCAGUGGUUCAAAUUCUUUCGGCUUUGGCAUGGAAGAUAUAUUCUCCAACUUCUUUGGAGGUGGGGGUAAUUUUGGUGGUUUUGGUGGCAAUUCCAAGGCUCAGACUGGAUCUAGGACUAGGAGUGCCCCAAGCACCAGGGCCAUUAAUAAACAAGUGUUUAGAAAAGAAAUUGUGGAUCAGGGCAUGGCUUGGCUUUUGUUUCCAAGUACAUCAUCUCUAAAGGGGGUUGAUCAUGUUGAAUCAAUUAUAGAGGAAGUUGCCAGUUCGUUGCAGGGAGCUUUAAAGGUUGGAAGGAUAGACUGUGAAGCAGAAUCAUCUCUCUGCAAGGACCUUGGAAUUUAUCCUCACAGGACUCCCAGAAUCUUUGUAUAUUCUUACAUAAAAAGCACCCAGGGUUCUUUGGUAGAGUACAGUGGGGAUGUGGCGGUGAAGAAUUUGAAAAGCUUUUGCCAAGAGCAUUUGCCAAGGUUCUCACAACGGGUCGAUUUGAGGCAAUUUGAUUUCUCUCCCAGCAAUGGAGGAGGGCUACCCACCUUAAUGCUUUUGUCAACCAAAAAAGAUACACCUGUUAUCUGGCGCGUCCUCAGCGGGUUGUAUCGCAGGAAGUUCAGUUUCUAUGAUGCAGAGGUCAAUGAUGUUUCAGAUCCUACUAUGAAGAAGUUAGGAGUUGAUGCCCUUCCAGCUAUAGUCGGUUGGCUAUCUAAUGGGGAGAGGCACAUUCUUAGAGCAGGGAUCAAUGUGAAGGAUUUGAGAUCUGCCAUUGAUGAUCUCAGUAACUUAUUCAAUGGUUUUGAGAAAAAAAACAAGAAGACAGCAUCAAGGCCAACUUCCAAAACACCGUCGGAUUCAGCGGAGAAUCAGAUCCCACUAUUGACAGGAUCCGACUUUGAUGCCAUCUGUGGGGAGAAGACUCCUGUUUGUGUUAUUGGURCUUUUAAAUCUUCCAAAGCAAGGAACAAAUUGGAAUCAAUCCUAUCCAUGGUUUCUCAGAAGACAUUGUCAAGGCGGCAGAACUCUUCGCCUGGCUCCAAGGAAUCCAUAUCCUAUGCUCUUGUAGAUGCAACCAAGCAGCCAUCAUUUCUAAAAGCAUUUGACAAUGGAGAAUUUAAAAAAUCUGAUAAAGUACUGGUCGCAUACAAACGUCGGAAGGGGAAAUUUGCAGCACAUUUGGGUGAAAUGACAGAAGAAGAAGUAGAAAAAUUUAUCGGCUCAGUAUUCAAUGGGGACAUUCCAUUUACCAAGACCCGCCAGAAGCCUGUCUUCAAGUGAAGGUUUGCCAUUAACAAACCCUCAGAUUAUUUUUGAGGUCUUAUGUACAUUCUAUAAAUAGUUAGAAUGAAGUAAAAAGAGGAGUAAGUAUAUAGCCAACGGGAAAAAAUGACUUUUCCCCCCAAUUGAGGUGUUUAUACUAAGAAAACGUUUGCCACCUGCAUUUAGUGGGGUCAGAAAAUGUUUUGCUAUAUUCAAAUCUUCCCCCCAAAGUGAAUCAUAUGGGAGGAACAGAAACUCUUAAUCUAAUGAAAUUUAACUUGUGUUUGUGCUCU